AUGGAUCAUCAACCUCAAGAAAUAAGAGGUCGUGGUAAGAACAAAAGAAAAUGGAAUAAUGAGGAAGAUGCUAAACUUGUGGAUGCACUCCUUGAUAUGGUAAAUCUUGGAACCUAUAAGGCUGAAAAUGGGUUCAAACCUGGCUACUUGAACUUUGUCGAGGACAAGUUGCGAGUCUCAUUGCCUAACUCUGGUUUCAAGGCUAAACCACAUAUUGAGUCAAGAAUUAAGACAUUGAAAAGAGAUUUCAAUAUUGUGUAUGAUAUGUUAAAUGGUCCAAAUACAAGUGGAUUUGGUAUGGAUCCGAUAAAAAAAUGCAUCGUAGCCGAAAAGGCCGUAUGGGACUCUUACUUACAG